AAAAGACUGAAAAUAGGGACGACCAGAGCAAAAGAAGAGAGAAAAGAACAGGCCAUGGCUGAGGGGAUGAUUGCUUCUCAAAGUGAACCGUGACAGAAUGGUCGACUGUAUGAGCAAAGUCAUGCUGCACACGGUUGUCUCAUGCUGGCAACCAUUCCUGGGACUGGCCCUUGUGGCUGUCUUUGUGGGUUCUACCCUGGGAUGUCCCUCGCGCUGCGAGUGUUCAGCGCAGAGCAAGGCAGUUGUCUGUCACCGCAAGCGCAUGCCCAGCAUCCCAGAUGGCGUCCCAACUGAGACCAGGAUCCUGGACCUGAGUAAGAACAAGCUCACAAUGAUCAACCCUGAUGACUUUAUUGCCUUUCCUGGACUUGAGGAACUUGACCUCAGUGGAAAUAUUAUCAGUUAUGUUGAGCCUGGAGCUUUCAACGCCCUGUUUAACAUGCAUUCACUCAGUCUCAAGAGCAAUCGUAUCAAACUCAUUCCUCUGGGCGUCUUCACAGGCCUAACAAAUCUUACCCGACUGGAUAUAAGUGACAACAAGAUCGUCAUCCUCCUGGAUUACAUGUUCCAGGACCUGCACAAUCUUAAAUUUUUGGAAGUGGGUGACAAUGAUCUGGUUUACAUUUCUCACCGUGCAUUUAGUGGACUUUUAAGCCUGGAGAUUCUAACCUUAGAAAGGUGCAACCUUACAGUUGUACCCACUGAGGCCCUUUCCCACCUGCAUAACCUGGUCAGCCUCCAUCUACGAUACCUCAGCAUCAGCACUUUGCAUCCUUACUCCUUCAAAAAGCUGUUCCGGCUGCGGCAUUUAGAAAUUGAUAAUUGGCCUUCACUAGACCAUGUGCCAGCCAAUACCCUGCAUGGCCUCAACCUGACCACUCUGUUCAUAACCAACACCAACUUGUCCUCCUUCCCUUAUCAAGCCCUAAAGCAUCUGCCCUACCUGACACACCUCAACUUGUCCUACAACCGCAUCAGGCACAUUGAAGGGGGGAUGAUGAUGGAACUGGUUCGGCUUAAAGAGCUCCAUCUCGUUGGAUCUCAGCUAACCACCAUUGAACCGUAUGCCUUUCAGGGCCUGCGGGGGCUCAAAGUCCUCAAUGUCUCUCACAACCGACUGGAUACACUGGAAAAGGGUGUUUUUCAGUCUCCUGAGGCUCUGGAGGUUCUUCUUAUUGACAACAACCCCCUGGUGUGCGACUGUCGUCUCAUGUGGAUCCUACAGAAAAGGCAUUCCAUCUUCUUCGGGGAUUCACAACCAGAAUGCAGCACACCUGAAGGUAUUCGUGGAAGGCCUUUUAAGGAAUUUAAAGAGACUCUCCUGUCUUAUUAUGUGACAUGUACCAAGCCAAAAAUUCGGGAGAAUAAAACACAAACGAUCACUGUGGAUGAGGGCCAGCAGGCAAUGCUGCGCUGCAGUGCUGAGGGGACUCCAAGGCCUGUUGUGUCCUGGUUGUCCCCACGCCGACGAGUUUUGACAAGUAGGAGCCACGGUAGAGUAACCGUCCACAUUAAUGGUACACUGGAGAUCAAGUCAGCGGAGGUACAAGACAGCGGAGUGUACCUUUGCCUUGCCUCCAACACUGCUGGGAAUGACACCCUGAUGACUUCACUGGCGGUGAAAAGUUUGGGAUCGCUGUACGCCAACAGGACCCAGUACUACACAGAUCCCAGCAAUACCACUGCCAAUGGAACGGCCGGUGUGACCCUCGGCUUAGACCUAAAGACUAUUUUAGUGUCAACAGCUAUGGGUUGUUUUACGUUCCUGGGAGUGGUCUUGUUUUGUUUCCUGCUCCUUUUCGUUUGGAGCAGAGGAAAAGGAAAACAUAAAAACAACAUAGAUGUUGAAUAUGUGCCUCGGUCAAAGUCUAACGGCACUAACGUUGACUCGGCAGAGGGACAAGCUGGUCCUCGUCGUUUUAACAUGAAAAUGAUGUGACUUCUUUAAUAGAUCCAAGAUUCUGGAUUGUAAAAAUGCCCAAAGUACAAUGUAUUUUUUUGAAAAACCGGACUACUGAACUUCCCACUGCAGCAGGGAGAAUGGUAGUGAAAAUGUUUGGAGCAUCAUAACAAGAUGAGCAGUACUUUAAAUCACUGGAACUUGACAUAAUGCUUGGAUACUAUGUUUGAAAUACUAAAAAUCGUAGUAGGACAUUCUCUUACAUAAUUGCCAGCGGGCAACUUCUUCAAUGUGGAUGAGGAGUGAAAACUGUUGCUAACCCCAACCCUAACUGUUGUUGGGGACCUGACGGGAAUAGGUGUCAUCUAUCAGCUUUUUGAAAUUUAUAUGCCCAAAUGGAACAUUGUAGUUUUGGGUUGGAUCUACAGACUCAGCUGAACCAUGUACAGUACAAAUUUGUAUCUAAGCUAUUAACCUACUUUGUUUAGUCUUGCGCCAUGCUUAUUCACUGAAGAAAUCAAUGAGACAGACCAUCAUUUCCUAUGUUCAAUAAUUUGCAUAUGUGUACCUAAUGCUUCAUUAUGUACAUGUAUGUGCACAUUAAUUCAAAAGAACUAUUCAUAGCAAUAUUCAUGGGAUGCAUUAGCCAAAAUUGAUAUACCCCCAUAUGUUCAGCAAGAAUAUUCUUCAGACUUUUGAAGUUUCCAUGGAUUCAGGAAGGGCUCCUAUGGGUGAUUAUCUGUACCUGCUCCCCAAAUUGACUCCCAGAUAUGAUUUAAUAUAUAUUAUUUAUCAAUAAAAAUGAAGAAAAAAAUGUUUUAUUUAUGAAACAUGUUGAGCAUUUUACAAAAAUCAGUCCUUAAACACUGUUCAGGAUCUAUCAUAACACUUGGAUCAUCAUAAAGAUGACCCUGGUCAAAGUACCUACAUGAACCACCUUUUUGUCCUAUUUUUGUGUCUUUUUAUUACUUUAACUGUACCUUUGCUGGUUGGCAAAAUACAUGUGUCAAUUUUACUACAGUGACAUUUGCUUAAUUUUCCCCAGUAGGAAAUUUGGACUUUGUUGUGGUAGUUCCUCAUUUUGUUGUUGAAUCAUUUAGAUUGUGAAAACUUCAAAGUAAAAGUAAAAAAAAAUGUACGUGAAAUAAAU